GGCAAAUUCAAUUAUACAAAGGCUCACAACCAUGGUCUUUAUGGUAAUUUCACCAACUUUAUCUUCAAAACCCAACCAAGCAGAAUCCCAAGAAACCAAAACCUCUCUGCUGAACACUCGACGCUCAGUCCCCUAAACCCGAAGCAAAAAUGCUUCUCCAACCUGCCCUUCACCACCAUAAGGUCUCCCUCUCAUCAUCCAUCUCCUACUCUCACUCUGUCCCAUGGAAAAGUCCCAAAUCUACCCUCCACCAAACUGUAAACCACAAGAAACUCCCAGUAAUCAUAUGCUCGAUAUCACAAGUCCACAAUUAUGGAACAGUGGACUAUGAGAGAAGACCAAUGAUAAAAUGGAAUGGUAUUUACAGGAGGAUUUCAUUGAUGGAGAAUCCUGAAUUGGGUUCUGGUAGUGUGUUGAAUCGGUGGGAAAAUGAAGGCAAAAGGCUCACAAAAUGGGAACUUUGUAGGGUUGUUAAGGAGUUGAGGAAGUAUAAGAGGUACCAGCAAGCUCUUGAGGUCUAUGAUUGGAUGAAAAACAGACAAGAGAGGUUUAGAUUAUCGCCUAGUGAUGCUGCAAUUCAAUUAGACCUUAUUGCCAAAGUACGUGGGGUUUCUACUGCUGAAGAUUUUUUCCUAAGUCUCCCCAACACUUUCAAAGAUAGGAGGGUAUACGGAGCUUUGCUGAAUGCUUAUGUGCAAAACAGAAUGAGAGAAAAAGCAGAAACUUUGUUUGAUGAGAUGAGAGAUAAAGGUUAUGUUACGCAUGCACUUCCAUUUAAUGUGACUAUGACUCUCUAUAUGAACAUCAAGGAGUACGAUAAAGUCGACUUGAUGAUUUCAGAAAUGAAUGAGAAAAACAUCAAGCUUGAUAUAUAUUCGUACAAUAUCUGGUUAUCAUCUUGUGGAUCACAAGGAUCUGCUGAUAAGAUGGAACAGGUAUAUGAGCAAAUGAAAUCGGAUAGAUCCAUUAAUCCCAAUUGGACAACUUUUAGCACGAUGGCUACCAUGUACAUUAAGAUGGGACAGUUUGAAAAGGCUGAAGAUUGCUUGAGGAGGGUUGAGAGUAGAAUCACAGGUCGGGAUCGAAUUCCUUAUCACUAUCUCCUCUCUCUUUAUGGUAAUGUCGGUAACAAAGAAGAGGUUUAUCGUGUGUGGAAUAUUUACAAAUCUAUUUUUCCCAGUAUUCCAAAUUUGGGUUACCAUGCUAUUAUCUCAUCUCUGGUUCGGCUGGAUGACAUUGAAGGGGCUGAAAAGAUUUUUGAGGAAUGGCUAUCAAUUAAGACAUCUUAUGAUCCAAGAAUAGCGAAUCUUUUUAUAGCUGCUUAUGUUUAUCAGGGAAAUUUGGAUGAAGCUAAGAGUUUUUUUGACCAUAUGCUUGAAGAUGGAGGAAAGCCGAAUUCAAAUACAUGGGAAAUUCUUGCUCAAGGACACAUUUCAGAAAGGAGAACUUCUGAGGCUUUGUCUUGCUUGAAGGAAGCUUUUGUUACUCCAGGAUCAAAGAGUUGGAAGCCAAAUCCUGCAAAUGUAACUUCCUUCUUUAAGCUUUGCGAGGAAGAAGCUGACAUGGCAAAUAAGGAAGCUUUAGAGGGUUUUUUGAGGCAGUCAGGACAUCUUAAAGAUAAAGCAUAUGCAUCACUCUUAGGCAUGCCUGUUACUGGUGAUGAGCUAUCAACAAAGGAAGACGGAACUGGCGACCAGAUUGACAAUGAGGAAGAUGACGAAGAUGAUGGGGCUGAGAUGCUAGUCAGCCAUUUGCAGGGUAGUCUGUAACAACUCCAUUGCGUGCUUCUAUAUGGAGGAAGUUGUUUGUUUUAGAUCUUGUGUUGCUGAGCAGAUUUUACCAGAACUUUCGCUCACAAGCUGCAUUACUUCGCCGCAGUCAUCACCUGCCAAGUUUAUGAGUCCUGCCAAUGGUGGCCGGGAAUUUGAAAUUUGAAAGUUCUGGCGUGGCAUAAUAUUUAUUUAUACAAUGUUUGUCCUCAAAUAUAUGCUCAGCAAAGGAAUGAAUGCCCUUGACUCCUUGUAAUUAACGACUGUAAGCCAUCUCCAAUUCAGCAAUUAUAAGUUUUUGUUGCCA